AUGGCACCUUCUCAAAAUACGCGUAGCAGCGGGAAUCCUCUAGUAGCACCUCUACCCGCAUCGACCAGAGCAAGUCGUGCUGUAGCCCCUGUUCCUGCAGCCCCUGUUCCUACAGUUCCUGUUCCUGCAAUUCCUGUGCCCGCAGCCCCUUGGGGUAUGGCAGCACUUCCUGUGGAGAUUGCAAGAAUGUUCUGGGAAGCCGACAAUGAGGGCUCCAAACACAAGGAAUUGACUCUCACGUUCCAACCACCACUUGUACCACUAGCAAAUACUGCGCCAUGGCUGCCUAAUGAUCACCCCCUACACCAUUUAUCAGCAAGUAAGCCUCCCGCAGGCAGUGACGAUCUAUGGCUACUCAAAGGGCACUUUCCGUCUCAUGUAUCAAGACACACAUGUUACGUGGCAGAUGAGACUUACCCAUUCGGAAUCAUACGGCAAAACGAACGAGGCUUGAUUGUUCGGAUUGACAUCUCCGUUUCGGAUCGAAACCGUAGUCUGAGGACCAUCUGCUCAGCCCUCAGCACAAAUGGGGAUCUCGAUCAGAAGAUCCAUCGAAUCGAAAUGGCGGGAUGGCGCUCCAUCUCGUUCUCUGCUCUUGUCUACCUGAUCCUAGAGUGUGGAAAUUAUCCUCAUCUACAGGCACGAAUCGCCGCUGGUGAGUUUCAUUGGGCCGACGGCUACUCGGUGCAUAUGAAAAGGUUGGCACAUACCCUUCGCGACGAUAUCUUCCAAUAUGGUACGCUCCCCGAGGGAAUUGAUUAUGUCCCUACGGUAGCAAAGAAAGUCUGGAAAUAUCUGAACCCGCCCAUCGACCAGCCGGUGGGUAUACCCACAACAGCGCUGUGGCAAUGGAAUGACCGUAGGACAAUUCGCUCGUGGAUGAACACAGGAUUCUUUCACAGUCAUACCUGGCAAGAAGCACUUCAGCAGAGUUGA